AUGUUCGACACGGUCUGCACCCUGCCGCUCUCAUCGGACCUGUUCACGCAGGCCAUCCAUCCUAACCAGCCCGUCGUGUCGGUUGGUUUGGCUGCGGGACAUGUCCAAACCUUCCGGUUACCGCUUGAGGAGUCGGACAGCGAUGACGACGGGGCGUCGACCUCGUCGUCGCGCAAUGGAAAGGGCCACAUCGACACCAUGUGGAGGACACGGCGACACAAGGGCAGCUGCCGAUGCUUGGGCUUUAGCGUUGACGGCGAGACGCUGUAUUCGGCGGGCACGGAUGGCCUGGUGAAAGCGGCCAAAUCGGAGACCGGGCAGGUCGAAAACAAGAUCGCGAUUCCGCUGGAGAAGACUGGCUCCGUGGAUGCGCCAACUGUGAUCCACGCGCUUUCCCCGCAGACGCUUCUGCUUGCGACUGACUCGAGCGCACUACAUCUUUACGACUUGCGUAUUCCAUACUCGAAGGUGUCGGCGCGCCCGGAGCAGUCGCACCAUCCGCACGACGAUUACGUUUCCUCCCUAACCCCUCUCCCUGCCUCGGACACGAGCACCUCUGGAUUCAGCAAGCAAUGGGUUACUACCGGUGGAACCACGUUGGCCGUGACCGACCUGCGACGCGGCGUUCUUAUGCGCAGCGAGGACCAAGAGGAAGAGCUGAUUAGCUCGGCAUACAUUGGGGGUCUGCCCAGCAGCGGGACCAGCCGCGGCGAAAAAGUGGCCGUGGGUGGCUCCAAUGGUGUGUUGACACUCUGGGAAAAGGGUGCAUGGGACGACCAGGAUGAGCGAAUCUACAUUCAGCGUAAUGCAGGGGACGGAGAGUCAAUUGAGACCUUGACCACUGUCCCGGACGAGCUUGGCAAGGGCAAGAUGCUUGCUGCGGGCCUGGGCAAUGGCCUGGUGAAGUUUGUCCGCAUCGGCGCGAACAAGGUUGUGUCCGAGGUGGUCCACGAUGAGACCGAGGGCGUGGUUGGCCUUGGCUUUGAUGUGGAGGGUCGCCUCGUUUCUGGUGGCGGUCAGGUUGUCAAGGUCUGGCACGAAGGCGUGGGGACAUCGGCAGUCGGAGACGGACUGGGCAAGCACAUGCUUGGGGAGAGUGAUGAUAGUGAUGACGAUUCUGAUAACAGCGACCGAGAGGACCGGCGCAAUGCGAAUGAUCGCAAGAAGCGAAAGAAGGGCAAAUCCGGACGCGGCACUGGACCGGAUGUCCUGGCCUUCGACAUGGACUAA